UUUUUUAUCAGCAAAAAAAAAUUUAAUAUUUUUUCACCCGGAUUUUAAGUCACUUGGUCACGAGGGCUAUCAUGCGGAAGAGUUCCGGGGAACUGAUUAUCAUCAAAGCAAAACUAGCAGAUUAACUUAACGCGUUAUAGUGUAGCUGGUGUCGUCUUUUACAGAAAAAGAAGUAGUCGACGUUUAAGAAAAGACAACUAAGUUACACGUAUUUAAACAUGUCGUCGGAGGAAUUCGAGAAGUUGCACGAAAUUUACAGAUCUCUCUACGAUGAGCUGAAGCUAAUGCCAGAGAAGGCUAUGCAAUCUCACGGAGAGGAGAGGAAGAGGUUGGUGAGGACCUUCGAUGAGAGGCAGGGGGAGGCUGAGGAAGUGUUACAGGGGAUGGAAGAGGAGCUGCGUGCUGCCCCUCUGUCCUACAGAAAUACUAUGGGUACAAAGCUGCGGCUUUAUCGCAGGGAUCUUGGUAAACUACAGAGGGACAUGAAAAAUUCUGCACCCGGAUUUGGUUCUUCUUCACAAACACUGCUAGGGAGUAAUCAAGGCAUUUAUUCAUCACAAAAUCAACAAAGUACACACCAGCAGUCCCAGAGAGCUCUGCUGCUCCAAGGAUCAGAACAUCUGAACAAUGCCAGCCAGAGUAUUGAACGAAGUCAGCGUCUUGCUGCAGAAACUGAGCAGAUCGGUACAGAUAUCAUUGAGGAGCUGGGAGAACAGAGGGAGCAGCUGGACCGAGCCAGAGAUAGAUUGGUAAAUACAGGUGAGAACCUCAGUCGGAGUAGAAAAAUUCUCCGUUCCAUGUCACGACGGCUGAUGACAAACAAGCUGCUUCUAGCUGUCAUCAUUUUAAUGGAGUUGGCCAUUCUGGGUGCUGUGGUUUACCUGAAGUUCUUCCGAAAAGGAAACUAAUCUGUGGGUCCUUUGGGCAAAAACCCAGACUUCAUUUAACUGUCCCCUCUGCCUGUCCAGUAGCAAUAACACUGUUCUGCUGUUCCUGGGAGCCUUAACUGAGAGGAUUCUCUUCGUGGGCAGGUGGAAAUCAUUUGACAGGAAUGGCAAAGCUGUUACUGGAACAAAAACCUACAGAAAAUGACAUUUGCACAGUUUUAUCCGUCUCUUACUGCCAGUGAUGUCCUGCAGGAUGAUGAUCUGGACGUUGCAGAGACGACCUUGUAAGACUUUAAUCAAGAUGGCAAACAAUCUUAUUUUUUCCCACCUGUGUGGGCUGCCUGGUGAAAGUGAUUCAGAUAUAUAACUCUUAAAAUUAAACAGCCAGUGAGCCGAUAUUUAUAAAACCAAGCUGCAGAUAAUUAUGAAACAACACCAGCUGGAACUGUGUUGUAACGUGUUUGUUUGGGUCACUGAUUUUCAUCACAGGUUCAAACACUGUAUGAUACAAAAAUCCCACUGUUCCUUAUCUACUAGAUUUCUCACCAUUAAAGCUAAUCUUUAACUCA